GGUCGAAUUUCCACACACACACAGUCCCAGGACAUCACUGCUUCCUCUUCUGACUCCUGCUAGGAGCUUGAGGCUCAGGCAGACUUGUGAUCUUUCCUUUCCACCCCGAUGUAGCCCAGCCCAGAGUGGAGCCGCGACCAGGCGAAACUAAAGAGACUGAGCGACGCCUCCUUCGCCAACCUGACGCUCCCCAAAGCUGUAAGGAGGAAACGCCUUUUUGCAGAAAAAUCGUCUUAUGCCGUGAAGGCCUCUGGGAAAUGUAGUUCGGGACCGCGAAGUCGCGGCCCCAUUCCGAUUCUUCGCAGUACCUGGUUGCACUCCCUGAGGAGAUCAAGGGAGGCUGCUCUCGCCAGACCCCCGGCUGGUGCUCCUGCGCAGGGCUGCGCACCUUUCAAUGCCGCCGUUGGUUUUCUCACUAAUGGCAAACGGGCAGUAUGAACAUGGGCGCCACCGUCCGUGACAGGAACGAGAAACUCCGUGAAUGAAGAGACUGAUAGCUUCCACCCGCUGGAUCACUUCCCAAACGCCUGCAACAUCUAUGGCUGGGCCAGGCUGAAGCUAGGGGCCUGUAACUCAAUCUAGAUGUCUCACAUGAGCGGCCAGGACCUGAAUACUUGAACCAGCAUCACCUGCUCUCCCACAGCUCUACCUCCCCAGGCUCUGUACUUUCCUGGAAAGAAGAGGAAAUGACUGAAUCCCAGAACAAGGUUCAACACGUUGUGUCCACAUCACCCAAAAUGAAUGGCUUCAGAUUGAGUAGGAGUGUGUUGUUACAGGGAACAGUGACAUUCAAAGAUGUGGCUAUUGACUUCACCCAGGAGGAAUGGAAGCAGCUGGAUCCCACUCAGAGGAAUCUCUACCGGAACGUGAUGCUAGAGAACUAUAACAACUUAAUCACAGUGGGCUACCCAUUCACCAAACCUGAUGUGAUUUUCAAGUUGGAACAAGAAGAAGAACCAUGGGUGGCAGAGGAAGAGGCACUAAGGAGACACUGUCCAGGAGACAUAUGGGGAAUUGAUGAGCAUCAGAAAAACCAGGACAGACUUUUGAGACAAGUUUUAAAGAAAACACUGACUGAAGAAAAAGUCAAUGAAUGUUCUAAGAAAUUUGCAAAUGCAUUUCCUCGGAACUCAGAUUUUAUUUCUUCCAGACAUAAGCUCUAUGAAUAUGACUUAUUUGGAAAGUGUUUAGAACAUAAUUUUUACUGUCACGAUAAUGUGAAAUGCCUUAUAAAAAAGGAACAUUGUGAAUAUAAUGAAGCUGUGAAAUCAUAUGGUUAUGGUUCAUCCCAUCUUGGAGUAACCCCCUUUAAGUGUAAUCAUUGUGGGAAAGGCUUCAGUCAAACAUUGGACCUCAUCAGACACCUGAGAAUUCAUACCGGAGAGAAGCUUUAUGAAUGUAAUGAAUGUAGGAAAACCUUCAGCCACAAGGAAAAACUCAUUAAACAUCAUAAAACCCACAGCAGGGAGCUUUCUUAUGAAUGUAAUGAAUGUGGAAAAACUUUCAUUAAAAUGUCAAACCUCAUUAGACAUCAAAGAAUUCAUACCGGAGAGAAACCCUAUGCAUGUAAGGAAUGUGGGAAAUCCUUCAGCCAGAAGUCAAAUCUCAUCGAUCAUGAAAAAAUUCAUACUGGAGAGAAGCCUUAUGAAUGUAAUGAGUGUGGAAAAGCCUUCAGCCAGAAACAGAGCCUCAUUGCACAUCAGAAAGUUCACACUGGGGAGAAACCGUAUGCAUGUAAUGAAUGUGGCAAAGCCUUCCCCCGAAUUGCAUCCCUUGCUCUUCAUAUGAGAAGUCAUACAGGAGAAAAACCUUAUAAAUGUGAUAAAUGUGGGAAAGCCUUCUCUCAGUUUUCCAUGCUUAUUAUACAUGUAAGAAUUCAUACAGGCGAGAAACCUUACGAAUGUAAUGAGUGUGGGAAAGCCUUCUCUCAAAGCUCAGCCCUUACUGUACAUAUGAGAAGUCACACGGGUGAGAAACCCUAUGAAUGUAAGGAAUGUAAAAAAGCCUUCAGCCACAAGAAGAACUUCAUUACACACCAGAAAAUUCAUACUAGAGAGAAACCUUAUGAAUGUAAUGAAUGUGGGAAAGCUUUCAUUCAGAUGUCAAAUCUUGUUAGACACCACAGGAUUCAUACUGGAGAAAAACCCUAUAUAUGUAAGGAAUGUGGCAAAGCAUUUAGCCAGAAAUCAAAUCUCAUUGCUCAUGAAAAAAUUCAUUCUGGAGAGAAACCUUAUGAAUGUAAUGAAUGCGGUAAAGCCUUCAGCCAAAAGCAGAACUUUAUUACACAUCAGAAAGUUCAUACUGGAGAGAAACCUUAUGAUUGCAAUAAAUGUGGUAAAGCCUUCUCCCAGAUUGCAUCCCUUACACUUCAUUUGAGAAGUCACACAGGGGAAAAGCCUUAUGAAUGUGAUAAAUGCGGGAAAGCCUUUUCCCAGUGCUCACUGCUAAAUUUACACAUGAGAAGUCAUACAGGUGAGAAGCCUUAUGUGUGUAAUGAAUGUGGGAAAGCCUUCUCUCAACGAACUUCCCUCAUUGUGCAUAUGAGAGGCCACACAGGUGAGAAACCUUAUGAGUGUAAUAAAUGUGGAAAAGCCUUCUCUCAGAGCUCAUCCCUCACUAUACAUAUACGAGGACAUACAGGUGAGAAACCCUUUGACUGUAGCAAAUGUGGAAAAGCCUUCUCUCAGAUUUCAUCCCUUACUCUUCAUAUGAGGAAACAUACAGGUGAGAAGCCCUAUCACUGUAAUGAGUGCGGCAAAGCUUUUAGCCAAAAGUCACACCUUGUUAGACAUCAGAGAAUUCAUACUCAUUAGAAGCCCUACAAAUAUCAUAAAAAUGAGAAAGCUUUCAGAAGGAAUGAACAUCUCAUUGCACAUUACAUGAUAGGUUCUAGAGCAGAAAACUAUGAAUAUGGGAAAGCCUUUUGAAGAAAUCACAAAUUUAGGAAACACUAGAAAAGUCUUGCCAAAGUAACAAUGUGUUUAAUGAGAAAGCUGAUCAAAAACAUUCAGCAGAGAUCUUAUUUGUUUAUAAUGCAUAAUCAGCAUUCUCAUUAAAACUUGAAACAAGAUGUCUGCUAUCAACAUAUUUGAGUUCCUAGCCAAUGUAUUAAGAAAAAAGAUUGAAGAAAUUAUAAAAUGACAUGUAUAUGAGAAAUAGUUAAUUAGAAAAAAAGUGUUGAUAAAAUACCUAAGAAUAAACACAAUUAAUUUUUAUAUGUAUAAAGUUAUAAAAUGUUAAUGGCACAAAAGAACACCUUAAAAUGGAAAAAGAUGACAUCACAUCUGAAAAGACUUGACAUUAUAAAAAUAUGACUUCUCUCCCAACUGAGUUUAAUGUACUUCCACCACUUAUAUUUUAAGGAAUUUUAGAAACUGAUUCAAAAUUUUAUAUGGGAAGGUAAAGGACCAUAAAUAGUUGAAACCUGUUUGACAAAACAAAACAAAUAGAGAAGACAUACUCAACUACAGGUCAUCACAUAUUAUUUAAAGCUGUUGUCAUUUAAACUGGGUAAUUGAGUGAAUAAAUAAAUGAAUCAGUGGCAACAACUGAGGAUUGCUACAAAAAUUCAAGAAGAUACGGGCAUUCUAUGGAAGAUGGUGCUAUUGACAUCAGUGGGGAAAAGAUUACUCAUUCAGUAAAUGGAAGAGUCAUAUGAGCAAAAAUGUUAGGUCUCUACCUUAUACCAUAUAUAAAGAUAAAAUCUAAAAGAUUGAAGACCAGAAUAUAAAAAUAAAUUCUAAAAUUAUAAUA